CCGGCGAAGCCAUGGAUGCCGGGACCCCUGCGCCGCUGUCGCCGCUGCUGUCCGAACCCAGAAAAAGAAGUUAAACUUCUGGAGAAACUUAAUGGGUAAUCUCCACCUCCGCUAUCUCUUCGAUCCUGUUCAAGUGUCCUCACCUGGCUAUGUCAACGAAGGGAACAGUGGCAAAUUAGAUGAAGACGACACUGUUAAAUUAAAAGGCAGGCAGAGCAGCCAAGCCUUGGGGCAUCAAAAUGACCUUCCGAGAGAGCUCUUAAAGAAGACUUGCAGCCAUAACAGAACGGCUAGUGGGGCACCCCCUCAGGGAGCCCCGGGAUGGGGACUCAGGGCUGGCAAGGCUGGUGGUGCCCUCAAUGGCAUUGGCCCUACUCCACAGCCCCCUGGUGACCCAGGGUCCCACCAAGAUGCCAGGGUCUCCUGGGCCAGUACAGAAAACAGUGUUGACCCCACUGACGCCUUCCUUGAAGGGGGAGAUGCCAAGGAACAGGACUGUGAACCACCCACCUCAGAAGAGGCCCGGGUCAUGCUGAACGGAGAGCCCGGGGCCCCUACUGCCGUCUUGGAAGAACAUAACCAUGUCCUCCAGAUCCCUAGCCCGGAUUACCCUCAGCCUUGGGGCCCAACUGUAGACGACGUGAGCCAUGAACCUGUGGAGGGAAUUCACCUGGAGGUGAGGGACCAGGACUUGAGUUUGCCCUUCUCCCAGAAGAAGAGCUGGGAUUCCUUAAACAAAGCUGUGGCCACAGACAUUCUCAGUGUCUACUUGAAAGAAGAGGCGUCUGCUCGUGUCACACCUGUGGUUGGUUGGAGAAAUGGGUGGGGGGCUGCCUGUGGCUCCCCUGGUGACAGAUGUGGGGAGGUGACUGAUGAGGACGCCGCGGUGGCUGAAGCCCUUGCAGCUUUAGAAGCAGCUACAGCAGGAGAAGAUGUGGAUGAGGCUGAUUAGGGGAGGCUCUCUGGGGGGCACAUCAGAGAGUGUCUCCCUACCGUGUGGGGGUGCUUUUGCUCCCUAGAGGUGGUGAAGAGUUGCUGCAGGCUGUGCCGGUGCAACCUUGCCAAUAGUUUACAUCCUGCAGCCUUUCUCGGGGUCUGUGCCAUAGGCCGUGCUGAAUCCUGAGAGCAUCACUGUGUGGCUGGCUGUUCAGGAUGCUGAAAUCAAGUCAGACGCAUUAGGGCCCUGUGCUACAGCAUGUCUACAUGUCAACCCACAAAGCCUUCCCCUGCCCCACUUUUCCCCAUUUGCUCCAGAUGUCUCAAGAAGGCUCUGAAACCCCAGGGCUGAAUCCCAAAGUCACAGACUCAGCACAUUCUGUUCGACUGUAAAUUCUUUGUCUUGCUUUUGCGAGCCAAAUGUCCUCACCCCAGGUAACGGUACCUAUCCCUACUUUAAAGUGCCUGAUGUGACCCCAGAGCUUGGCUUCCCUGCAGGGACAAGCACCCAGGGAACUAGUAACUGACCACUUGUUUGACAGCGAGUUCGAGUGCACAGAAGGACCAGUCAAUGAAUGGUUAGUCAUGAGCUGCAAUAUCAAGACACCUUGACCUUAACAUUUUUACAUUCCUUUUUAAUCUCUUUUAGGAUUGGGGAGGCCAGUGAAAAUAACUGUUCAAACUGAUUGUGUCCUACUUGGGUUUUAAGUUCAUGAGAUUUGAAGAAGUGAAAGGAUAUGGGGAGUAUUUUUUUCCAUUUACUGUCUGAUUCUGAUUAAAA